UAAUUGAUAAAAAAAAACAUUAAAAACAGUAAUGGCACCUACCAGUUUCAAUAGAGUUGAUGCAUUCAACUCAGAGUUUUUGCACCGAGUUUUUCAAUGGGAACCAGAAUGGUUUGACAACCAAAAACAAGUGUCAACAAAUGAAGUUACAAUACCACAAAUAAUUGGUGAUAAAUAUAAAUUGGUAGAAACUUCAUUAUCCUACAAAAACGUUGAAGAUUAUUAUAAAACAAUGAAACCACUGAUGAUUUAUGAAUUCUAUCAUAUAAUGAUGAGAGAUAUUGAAGACGAAGAUGCAGAAUGUAAACGUGCAAAUAGACAAAAAUAUAAACCAUUUAUUGGUACAAUAACUAGUUUUUGUAAUAAAAAUGUCAGAAGUAUACCUGGUGAAAAAUUAAAAGUAAUUAUGGUAGAAGGCAAUGUGAAUGUCAGUGAUAUUAAAAGUAUACCAUGUCGUGGUGAUUUGUUACAUAUUGAAUAUUUAAAUACACCAAAAAUAUUUGGAUUUGUUGACAGUGUUGUCAAACAAAAAGCUGUGUUAUUUGUCAAGUGUUGUUAUACAAUAAUAACAAAAGAUAUACCAUUUGCUCUAAACAAUCAAUGUAGUAUAACAACAGUCAGACCAAUUCUACAAAAUUUAAGAGUAGUACGAGCUCUUGCUGAAUUACCAGAUUCACCAUUAUUCUCAUCAAUAAUUGAGCCAAAUUUUUCUGGUUACAGUAUGUCUAAUGCUGACAAAAGAACAAUAUUACCAUUGACAUUUGAACAAAAAUUAAAUGACAUGCAAUUAAAAAUUGUGGCUGAUGUUGUUAAAACAGUUGAUGAUCCAGAUCCAAAAAUUUGUUUAAUUCAAGGACCGCCUGGUACUGGUAAAUCAACAGCAAUUAUUGCAAUGAUUACAGAAUUAAUAAAAGAUAAAAAACGUAAAAAAAUUGUGUUGUGUGCACCAUCAAAUAAAGCAAUUGAUGCUGUUCUUUUAAAGCUAUUAGAGGCUGCAAGUGAUCUUGAAAAGAAAGGUAUUCCAUUAAAUAUUGUACGAGUUGGUAGAAUUGAAAAAAUGGAUCCAAAAGUAAAAAAAGUAUCAUUAAUUAAUCUUGCACUUGAGAAUGAAUUGGAGAAUUUAUCUGUAUCACAAAAAAGAGAAUCAUUUAGAAAUCAUGCUGCUGAAGAUGAAAUUCUUUUAAAUGCUGAUAUAAUUGUGUCAACAUUAAUGUCAUCAUACACAGGACAAAUGGAAAAUAUAUUUGGUGUUACAGAACAAAUACCAGUAUGUAUUAUUGAUGAGGCUGGACAAUCAUUAGAAAUUGAAAGUUUGAUUCCACUUCUUCUUGGUGUAGAAAAAUUAAUUCUCGUUGGUGAUCCACAACAAUUACCACCAACAAUUAUAUCUCGGGAGGCAAGAGUUUGUGGUAUGGAGUUAUCAUUAUUUGCUCGUGCACAAAAGUACUUUAUGCAAAAAUCAUUAAAUCCAAUACAAAUGUUGAAUGUCCAGUAUCGAAUGAAUAAUGAAAUAGCAGCUUGGCCAAAUAAAUAUUUUUAUGGUGGUGCUAUUGAAAAUGCUGCUGAUGUUUUACCACUUCCAAUGUGUCAUUAUAAAAUACUCAUGCAUAAUUCACUUGAGAGUCCAAAACAAUUUAUAAAUAAAGAUGAAGCACAAAUAAUUGUCAAUAUAUUGGAUGUUAUAAUUACAAAUUAUCAUUCGAAACAAAAUAAAGAAGAAAAAUUACCAAGCAUGAGUGUCAUCACACCUUAUCGUCAUCAACUUCAUGAAAUCUAUGAUGUCAUCAGUGAUACAAAAUAUGCAAAAAUAACAGAAUUGUUAGAAGCUGAGUAUGACAAGUUGGCAGAGUAUGACAGACACCAAGAUGAUUCAAGUGAUGAUGAAGAUGAUGAUGCUAGUAGCGGUCAUAUCAUCAACGAUGUUGAUAAAAUUCUUUCAAUUGGUGAUUUACCACCAAGUCUAGAAUAUCGUGAAAAUAAAAAAUCAAAAAAACAUAAAAAAGGAAUAUUGAAAUUUAGAAAUCAAGAAUUAAUUGAACAAUUAAUUAGAGAAAAACUUAUUAAGAGCAAAAAAGCAAUUGCAAGUAAAAUUUCUCAUGAUGAAAAAAAAAGUGAAAAUCUUUUUAUUGAUUUUUAUGUUGAAGAUAAAGUUCCAGUUGAUGAAACUGCAGUUGAUACACAACAAUUUUUUACUACUAAAGAAAUUGAUGAUAUUGAAAAAAUUUUCAAUGAAAUAAGUGAUCUAAAAAAACUGUAUGAACAAUGGGAAUCAAUUGAAAUUAAUACUGUGGAUAGUUUUCAAGGACAAGAGCAAGAUAUUAUUAUUAUGUCUCUUGUUAGGAGUAAAACACUUGGCUUUGUUGCUAAUCCAAAUCGUUUGAAUGUCAGCUUAACAAGAGCAAGACAUACAUUAAUUCUGUGUGGAAAUUUUAAUUCAUUCAGAAACAAUUACAUGUGGCGUAGCCUGCUGAUUAAUGCUGAACACCGUGGAGCUUGUGCAACUGUAAAUCACGAAACCAAUUCAGAAGAAUUAAAAGAUCUUAUAUUUAUUAAAAAAUAAUAUUUAAAUAAUCUUU